UCUACAUCAGAGCUGAGCGCCGAGCACGCGGUCAAUCUCAUCACAUGGGGGAAUGUUUGAGGACAACUUGCCCAUGUCUUCAGACAGUAUGGGACAGAAUAUACGGAACCUCAAGGAACGACGGAGAAAAAGGUGACAGUGGCCGUAUCGACGAUGGUCCGAGUAGAGUUAACAGAGAUACUGCCAUUCGUUACGCGGAGCCACGAAACGCAAUCCAACCACCUCAGAAAACUGACAAUGCUAUUUAUACGGCUCUGUGGGACUUUGAGGCACGCGACGUCGAGGAGGUGUCGUUCAAAGCUGGUGAUAUGUUCCAAAUUGUGAAACGUUCCAACGAAUGGUGGACCGCGAGGAAAAUAGACUCAAAUGGCUGUGUUCUCGCGACCGGUUUUGUUCCGUACAAUUACCUGGCGAGCGACAAGUCCAUAGAGUCUCAACCGUGGUUUUUUGGGAAAAUGGGCCGUGUUGAGGCUUUGAGUCACCUCAUGUCCUCAAAAAAUUAUGAUGGAUCCUUCCUUGUGCGAAUCAGUGAGUCUGACAACAUGGGCCAUGUACUCUCAGUGAAGACACAGAACAAAGCAAAGCACUUCAAGAUCUACCAGGCCAGUGAUGGAUUCUAUAUUGAUCUGUCUCUUAAAUUCUCCAGCGUAUUACAGGUGGUAGAAUACUAUCAAAUGUAUCCACUGGCCUCUUUGGGCAGAUUGAAGCGACCCUGCUUUCGGAAAAAGCCUCAGCCACAGGAUUUGUCACACUCCACGGCUGAUGAGUGGGAGCUGCCUAAAGACGAAUUUACCCUUGAAGAGAAGCUCGGCAGUGGCUUCUUUGCUGAUGUUUACCGUGGCAAGUGGAAAAAUCGCAUCAACGUGGCCAUCAAAAUCCUCAAGAACAACGAUUGUCUUGAGCAGAAAGAAUUUCAGAUGGAGGUGCAGAUUAUGAAGCGAUUGCGUCACAGGCACCUGAUUGCUCUCUUUGCCAUCUGCACUUCUUCCACCCCAUAUUACAUCAUUACUGAACUCAUGGAGAAAGGCAACCUGCUCAACUUCCUAAGAAGUUCAGAGGGUGGGGCAUUGGACCAGGUGUCUUUGAUGGAUAUGGCAGCUCAAGUUGCGGAUGGGAUGGCAUAUCUAGAGGCUAAUAACAGUAUUCAUAGAGACCUUGCUGCAAGAAAUGUUCUAGUUGGAGAGGGAUAUACCUGUAAAGUGGCUGACUUUGGCUUAGCUCGAAUCAUUAAGGAGCCUUUUUAUAUAUCUGAUGAGAGGAAAAUACCAUAUAAGUGGACCGCACCUGAAGCUAUCAGUCAUGGCUGUUUCUCAAAUAAAUCUGAUGUCUGGUCAUUUGGGAUUCUCCUGUAUGAAAUUCUCACCUACGGAGGAAUACCUUAUCCAGGUUUGUCAUCAAAUGAGGUAUUCAUUCAUAUCACGGAACACCACUAUAGAAUGCCUGCCCCAUCCAAAUGUCCACAGGUCAUUUAUGAUAUCAUGCUAUCUUGCUGGAGUGCACAGACAGAAGACCGUCCAACUUUUAAGGACCUGAAGCAAAACCUUGAAGUAAUAAGCCACUACAAUGAAUUGGACUGAUUCUGCUGGUUGAUUUUCAGACAUUGUGAAUGGACCACUUCAGGAUAACUUGGAACAAAGACCAUGGAACUAUUCCUAAAUAUAUAUCAAAGAAUCAUCUUUGAUAAGUAGAUUUAUAUGUGUAAGAGAUGCUUUUUAAACAGUAUUGAAGGUGUGUCCAUCUAUGUUGGGCACUUAUUAGCUGAUUUUCUUAAUUAUUUGGUCCAAUUCAUCUAUUUUUUUUUUUAAAUAAAAUAUUAGUUUUGUAAUAAAAUAAUAUGUU